GCUUCACUCACACCUCCGAUCCCCUUCUUCCUUCUUCUUCAAUGGCGUCUGCAAUUAUUCUUAUCCUUUUCUUCUUCUUCCCCUUUUCUUCUUCCUCAUCAUCCCCUACCGCCGCCGUUCAAACACUCAAUAUCAAACCAAACUACUACAAUCCAAAGCUCCCACCAAGAUCUCUCUCCACCUCUAAAAAAUUCGAAGGAUCAUCAAAUCUAGUCGACCUUCGUUACCACAUGGGUCCUGUUCUUUCUUCUCCAAUUAACAUAUACCUCAUUUGGUACGGCAACUGGUCUCCAACUCAAAAACUUCUAAUCAAAGAUUUCCUCCUCUCCAUCUCCACCGCCACCGCCGCCGCCGCCCCUUCCCCCUCCGUUGCCGAAUGGUGGUCCACCGUUUCUCUAUACACAGACCAAACCGGCGCCAACAUUUCCCGUUCAGUCCUUCUCGCCGGAGAAUACGAAGACAACCGUUACUCUCACGGUACUCAUCUCACCCGUUUAUCAAUCCAACAAGUUAUCGCCUCCGCCGUACAAUCCGCACCUUUCCCAGUCGAUCAUCGAAACGGGAUCUAUCUAAUUCUCACUUCAACCGACGUCACGAUGCAGGAUUUCUGCAGGGCGGUUUGUGGGUUUCAUUAUUUUACAUUCCCAUCUAUGGUUGGAUACACACUUCCUUAUGCUUGGGUUGGGAAUUCAGGGAAACAAUGUCCUGAAGUUUGUGCUUAUCCGUUUGCUUUACCUGGUUAUAUGGGUGGAGGAGGGCCUGGUUUGUUGAGACCACCGAAUGGUGAUGUGGGUGUUGAUGGUAUGAUAAGUGUGAUUGGACAUGAAUUGGCGGAGUUAUCUUCUAAUCCAUUGGUGAAUGCUUGGUACGCCGGUGAAGAUCCGACGGCGCCGACGGAGAUUGGAGAUUUAUGUGAAGGUCUUUAUGGAACCGGCGGCGGCGGCGGCUAUAUUGGUCAAGUUAUGAGAGAUGAGAAAGGACAUACCUACAAUUUGAAUGGCCGUCGCGGCCGUAAAUAUCUUGUACAAUGGUUAUGGAGCCCUGUUUUGAAAGCCUGUGCCGGACCUAAUGCUUUGGAUUGAAUUGAAUCUGUCGUAUUUAGCGACGCUUAUGAGCCGUCGCUAUUUUGUAGAAUUUUGAUUUUGAUGAUUCCACGCUUUUAAAAAAGGUUCUUUUAGAAUAAGAAUUUCUUUUUGUAUAUAUGCGGAAGAUUUUUAAUAUAUAAACUAUUUUUAAAUGUUUUAAUUCAUAAUUUAAUA